CCGUCUGCUGCGAUGCCUCGUUUCUCCUCCCGGCUCGCUUUCCGCGGGCCUGCGAGCACCUGCCGUGCGGCCUUGAAUACUCCUGCCUUCGCAUGCUGCGCAUCUACUGCUCCUUCCCACUGUCGCCCUCGUCGCCCGGCGCGUAGAGGCAGACGCCCGCCCGCCCGCCGCUCCUCCGGCUGCCACUGCCACUGCAUAGAGUUCAAGCCCCCAUGCGUGCCCGUUGCACCUCAGUCGUUUCAGCGACCCAAGUCAGGCCCGGUAGGCUAUAAGAAGAUCGGUUGCCAACUCCUGGAAGCGAGGGGUUCGCCUCUGGCAGCGCGCACCCAUGGCGUCGCUACCGUUCUGCGACAGCUCCAGCGAUGAUGAGGAUUUCCACUCCAUGUCCGCCCAAGGGGACUCCGAUGCAGCUAGCCAUCGCUCCGACGAGGACGAUGAAAGCGUCAUGGCACCCCCGGUUCACCCGUGUCCCCAGCUGCAGGACGCUUUCGAGGAAUCUAUUAUAGAGGCCACCCAGUCGCCCACAGACCUUCCCGACCCGGACACAGACGCAGAGAUGAGACGAAAGAGGUUGCUGGAAGCAGAGCGCGAUGAGGACUGCCCCGUGGUGCGGUGGAAGCAGCAGCCUGGUGCUCAGUACCACCCCUUCGUCAAGCUGAUCGCCCAGCUGACGUUUGGCAUGCACCUGUUGAAGGAGGGACAGGCUAAAUCCAAUCAAGAGGUUGUGAAGAUCUUGCAAGGUCACGUCAAUGAUGUCGACAUGUUUCUGGAAAGGACGGCCGAGGACUUUGACCUGGCCAUCAGGGACAUUGAAGAACGGAUACGAUACCUCAAGUUGCCCAUGCAACACAUGGACGUCUUUGAGGUAAUGCUGGACGAGAAGAAGUUCCGGACAGACCUGCUCAAUGGCAACGAGAAGAUCGAGAGAAUCAUUGCCCGGACAGCCAAGGUCAUGAAUGCUGCCAUGCAUGAUAUCCACAAUGGUAUCAAGUCCACCAAAGAGCUGAGUACCUAUCUCACCCGUAUCGAGCAACGACCACGAACAGACAAUCCGGACAUCGCAGAGGUCUUCGCUGCCAUGCGAGGUAAUGAGCAAGGCUGGAUGUCGUAUCUGCGCGAUUUGCGCACCAAAGGCGACAACCUGCGCAACAGCCUGGUCAUCCUUGAGACCGUCAUUGCGGAGAUUGCCAAACAUGCUGCUGCUGCAAGUCGGCGGAACAAGACCCAGGGGAGGCAAGUGUCGGCUGGCACGCAAAUGUCUGGAACGAGUUCACCCCUGCGCUCCCGGUUCACCAGAGAUAUGACACCUUCCACAUCCCGGCAUUCAGUGCGGCAUUCAGAGGUGUGGCUGGAUAAGCCUCUCCCCAAAGAGCCAAGCUCGGGUCGUGCAGCGAAGCAAGCUGCCAUGGCAAAGCCACAUCCUGUACCACUGUCAACCAGAUUCGAGCAACCACGUCAAGCAGUACCAGCGCCUCCACGUGUCUCAGCUCAUGAUGUGAUCAGACCAAGAACUUCAUCCGGCGCAUCGGCAAGAGAGCCGACUACCAACGCCACGGAGAGCACUCGAGAACUCUCAAACUUCAUUCGCGACUGCGGCCCGUUACGCAGUAACCCUCCAGAUGCCCCACGCAGACCACGCUCACGAGCGCGAACAAAUAACGCCACACAGGCGCCCAGUAUACCUGAACGGCAUGUUCGACGAUCACAGAGUCAGAAUGCCGCGCCUGCCACAGCAGAUCCGACUAACGACAGACACACAUCACGAAAGCCUGUCGCUGUUGCAGCUCACGACGAUGGCACCACACCAGCCUCAUCCCAAACGAGGAGUUCCAUGAUGCGUGAUGGAUUCUCGAGACGAAUUUCGAAGCGAUUGAAGAGCCUGCCAGCACCUCUGAUGAAUACUAGCCGGUCGAGUACACCCGGACCCAUCAAGGAGUUCAUACCCAGGCCAGUGGAUUCAGCCCAUUCUUCUGAGCGUGGCAAAGACGAUUCUGAACCGGACCACGUUACUCCUGAUCGCUCUGAAAGAGAAUCCUCGCCGGAGCUGACGGCAUUACCUGUAGAAAAGGUCGAUACAGCUUCCAAAAAGGGUACCCAUGGCGGCCAUCGUCUCUUCCCAUCGCCUGACCCUGUGAGCUCAACGCCCCGAGUCCUGCGACGAAACCGCAGUGCCGAUGCAAAGGAAUUCUUUACAGCAUUCGACGGUACAUCUCCGCAGAAACCACGUUCCUCCAGGACGAGUCGCUCAAUCAGUCUUCGUCGCUUCUUCACACACCGCAAGGGGGGCGUUGAGCACGUCAUCGUAUCUUGACACACAUGUACUUCCAGGAGGCCUGUCAACCCAAUCUAGAGAGGAUUCACUUCUGUUUCAUGAACUUUACGACCACGACAGUUUGCAGCGAAGUUGAGCCAGGAUCGCUCACUCUGUUUUCAAUACCCACUUCGUACUAGAACCGGAAGCUUACUUUCCCGGUUUUAUUAUUUUCUCUGUGUUCUCUUCACAUAUACCCAGCUUUGCGGGCACAGCGGGGAGGAUCGUCCAGAUUGGACCUGAACACAUUGUGCACAGAAAGAAAUGGACAGUAGAUUUUCGAACAAGUCACUACAGAUGCCAAGGGCGGUGCAGAAUGUAUUCCCUUCAGGUGGUCCCGAGAUUAUGGUAGUCUGUAGAUAGGUUGAAGCAAUAUAAAACGUGCUCCACCUGCC